CCCCAAGCAAACAAAAAAGCUUUUUCUUGCAGCUACAGUAAUAAUGCCUCGCUGUGGAGGGCUGUCUGAGGUGGAAGAGGCCACUGCUGAGGUGCAGAAAAUCUGUGAUGAGAUGAAGCCUUAUGCAGAGGAAAAAGCUGGAAAAACAUUUGAUGUCUUCACUGCUAAAUCCUACAAGACACAGUUGGUCGCUGGGACAAACUAUUUCAUCAAGGUCCAUGUGGGUGGCGAUGAAUAUGUUCACCUGCGUGUCUAUAAGACGCUGCCUCAUGCUGGAGAAAAACUGGAACUUACUGAAAUACAGGCUCUCAAAGCCUGUCAGGACUCCAUCGAAUACUUCUAAACAUGCGUUCCAUUAAAAAAGAAACACCGUAGAAACUGCAUUAACA